UCUCUCUCUCUGUCUCUCUCUCUCCCUCUCUCCAUCUCUCUCUCUCUCUUGUUUCCCACCGUACCGCUCCGCUUGCGCAAACCGAAAGCAGCAGCGGAAAGUCUCAGGCAGCUCCUGCUCUCAGUUCACGCUUCACUACACAAAGUGUCAUAGCAAUGGAGAGGAGGGGACGGAGGAGACGAGAGAGAGAGAGAGGGGGCGAGGGAAACCCGAACCCAUGACUUCCGCGUAUUUUCCUCUCGCUAGUCUCGCAUCUCAAGCCACCCAGCCUCUCGGAGUGGUAUAAAAAGACACGGGUUGUUUUGCUUCAUUUCAAACUCGGAGCAGGAACGUAAUAGCCUACAUGCAGCCCAAUCCAGUUCGAUUUGGAUAUUAAAGAAUUUACCGGUAAACCGAAGUCAUAACGUGGUUAGCCACAUUUUUUUGGGUCCUCCUGUUUUCUUGCAGUGGACCUUAGCAUAGUUCUUCUGACCCGGUUCUUCUGACCGACUUGUGAAACGGAUAAUUCUGUAGAGCUUCUGGGAUCGACACACACACACACACACACACACACUCCAGUUUUCUUCUGGAACUCUGUGAUCACCGGGAACCUGAGAUGGACGUGGAAUCUCAGAAGAGCGCACGCCCCCGUGGACGGUGCCUGGACGUUUUCUUGGUCGGUUCUAUCGUUUUGCUCUUCCUGACGGUGGCGACAGUUGUUGUCAUGGGAACUUUGGCUCUUGUGGAGCUACGGUCAGAGAUCGGAGUUAAGCCUUCUGUUGUGGAUAUGCAAGGUACAUCGGAGACGCACCACGGCGUGCCCCGGUCCAUGCCCGCGUACAAGAUGCAGAACUUGGCCUACCUGCAACUCACCUCCGCCAAGCUGGAGAACAGCACAAUGUCCUGGUCCCAGGUCGAACAUGGACUGGAGUCCUCUGUUGGAGAUCUGUACAAACACAACCUUCACCAACAUACAUUGCAAACCAAGCAGGGUGGCUUCUACUUCCUGUACCUGGACCUCCAGCUCACCUGUACUGCCAAAUGUGGGCGGGGCAUCCUCGUCGUCCAGAUUGCAAGUCACGGUGACGAAAAGCUCACAUGCCAGGUGGAGCUCCCAGAGUGGUCAGUGUCAAACCCUGUGACAACGGUAACCAGGAAGUGCUGGAGGGUGACACGGCUGGACUCACAGAGCCGGUUGAUGGGCCGUAUGGUCGUGCAGGAAGCACAGGACACGUUCUGGAAACUGGACGUGAACGGAUCCGGAAUGGGAGUUUUCUUAGUGGGUUGAUAUGGGCCACGUUCAGUAGCUAAACCUUGUGAAGCGUUGCAGGUAGAGAAGCCGUGAACAGAGCUGACGUUAUUCCUUCAUUAAGAUGUCAGGGAGGCAUAUAGUUCUACAUUGCUGCUAUCUGAACAUUCCGAAACGUUGCGUCCUGCUGAACGCACCACUGGGGUGGAAGUUAGGGCUCCACCACAGACGAAGGGAAGGAGACGAGUAAAGGAAGCGAGCUAAAGGUACUGAGAUGCACCCCAUCUAGGAGAACUUGCAGCUCAGGGCAUCUCCAUGGAAACAAUUUAAACUAAACAAUUCAGGUCUAUUUAUAUGGAUAUUUAUUGAAUGUAUAUAUAUUUAAUGUAUAAAUAUGUGUAUUUAUAUAUUUGUACUCAGGGUUACAAUGUGUUGUUUAUUGUUAUGUGUAGAUACCACUACGUUGGUGCUGGUGUGGAUUAUAAAUUCACUUUUAUUUUCUGGUUGAGGGGAGAAUUGUGAAGUGGGGGGGGGCAGACAUGUACCAUACACAUGAUAUACUGGGUAUAUACAUGGAUACAUGAUAUCAUUGAUUUGAUAUGCCUUAUUACCGUUGCUUGGCAACCACAGUAACCUCCUCAGAGUCUUCAGGUGGGGUUGUGUUCUGUUCAGGAACAAUAACAAAAUGGACUCUUAUUUUCUUAAAGGUAGAGACUCAGCGAUAUGUCACAGGUGCAGAAAGUAAUCAGCCUGGUGGGUUCUCUGCUGUUCUGUUCCCGUGGUUACCACGUUGUGACAGCGUGAGGCCAACCCGUACACACGCACAGAUACAGUGUGAGAGUGAAGACGUGCAUCUCGCUCAUCUCAGUAUCAGCGGUGUUGCUCGUGGCAACGUCGUUUGGCUGAGUCUAACUCUUAACUUAGUUUCCUAUGAUAUGAUUUGCUGUUGGCCGGCCAGGCAGCCUCCGAGGUCCUGUACUCACUGAGUGAGCUUAGUCACAGAGCUCAGCCUGCAUGCAUUCCAAAUGGCACCCUCAUUCCAUAUAUAGUGCACUACCUUUGACUAGAGUCUAUAGGGUAGUAGUGCACCAUAUAGGAGCAGGAUGCCAUUUGGAACGCAGGCAUGGGCUUCCAAUCCACUGUGGGCGUCCACACCUCAUGUCAGGAGGAACUCAGUGACAUCAUUACAUUGCCAAGUGGGCGACAUGAUAACAUUUGCACAGGUCACUAUGACCAAUUGAUGAAUGUAUUUAUUUAUAAAUGAUAUGUUUACUAUGUGUUAUUUAUGUAUUAUUAAUGUUUCAUUAACUGUAUUUAUGCUGAACUAGGUAAUAAACCUGGA